AUGGGCGCGCCAACUGAAGAAACAAGUACCGAAACAGCUGAAAAUUCAGCAACGAACACGGCAACUGAUGCAACAGUGACAAAUAAAACAACGAAAAGUAAAAAGCAAGUUAUGCACCGUACUGCUCUUGGAGAUGUCACGCAGAAUAAUUUAGGACAACUUAAACGGUUAAAUAUAGUUCUUUUUCCCGUAACCUACAGUGAAAAGUUUUACAAAGAUGUACUAGAAGUUGGAGAAUUUGCUAAACUUGCCUACUUUAACGACGUGUGUGUUGGUGCUGUUUGCUGCCGAAAAGAACCAAUACAAAAUACGUCACCAGAACAAGCCAAACUUUAUAUAAUGACAUUGGGAGUUUUAGCACCUUAUCGUAAUCUUGGAAUAGGCACAGCCCUGUUAAAACAUAUUUUACAUCAUGCAACAUCAGGAGUACCAAAUAUUCCAAAAUUCACUGAGAUAUAUCUUCACGUUCAAAUUUCGAAUGAAGAAGCAUUAAAAUUUUAUAAAAAAUAUGAUUUUGAAAUUGUAGGAACGGUGGAAGGAUAUUAUAAGAAAAUAUCACCAUCAGACGCGUAUGUGUUAAGUAGAAAAUUGGGGAAAGAUUAA